AUUUUCCUAAGUUGGAUGAAAGAAUGUUCCAUUCUACAAGGUGAAGCUGAGUUGAAUGGAACAUUUCUCUUUGACCCAUAAAUAAUUCUCCAAUCAACUGACAAAGAUUUAGAUUGUGAAAUAAUUGAUAUGAGAGUAAUGAGUGAUAUUUUAAAAACAUUUUUUCAAUUACAGGCAUUUGGAUACCAUCAACACAUUCAGCAGUGCUACAAAAGUAUCUGUGAUGUUUCCAGGAUAGACGGUGCAGAAAGACUUGCAAAGAAACAGCAACAUGAAAGUCAAGAUACAACAUGUUUCAGAUGGGAACUGUGAUGGAGUCACUGAUGCCGCCAAACAAGGAUGCCUUGCACCUGCACGUAAAGAGGGCUAACUACCAGGCAGCCAUAUACAAGAGGGCCCUGGAUGCACGUCCUGAAGUGCUGUCUAGUCUCCACACAGAAGAGGAUGGAAGGUCAUCGGCGAUGACAUCAGUAUCCACUGGAUGGAUCUUCCCCCUGCCCCAGACAGUGUCAUGUAAUUUGCCCAUUGCUCAUGUAAAAAAAAGUCAAUGCACAAAAGGCCAGUGUAGCUGUCUUGAAAAAAAUUGCCAUGCACAGACUUGUGCAAUUGCACCAACUGUGAAAACAUUCCAAGUGAAGGGCAGCGCACUUCACCCGAAAGUGAUGAUUCAGAAAUCGAGGAUUAACUAAUGUAAAAACUGACCAUCACGUACAUGUACGUCUAUCUAAAUAAGGAAUAAGAUUGUCAAUUGAAAAACUUGAAUCACACAGUCUGCUUCCCAUCCACUUAAGUAUUUCCAAAUAUGAAUCAAUAGAACUUGUAGUUUCCAGAAUCUCGCCCUUAUAUGUUAAUUAAUGUUUACAACUGUUACCCUUUAACCUUUAGCCCCACCAUGAAUAGUUUAACCUUGCCCGCACUUCAUUUGCAUAGAAAGCAUAGUCGCGCACAGUAUUAUGGGGCGAUUUUACGACCUUGAUUCUAGCAUUUUCUCCGUGGAGCUGAUACCUAUCUUUUACCGUACACGUACAACUUGAUAUAUAUUGCCGAAUUCCGUCCAAACUUGAAGGAAUUUCAAGCCGAAAAGGAGCCUAAAGAUACCACCAGAGUUUUCUCAUGCUUGUGAACAUUUCAGUGCGAUCCAGGUCGCUGUGAUAACUGUGUGAUUUUAAGAGGUUUCCGAUCCGAACUUCGUGAACUUUUGUGCAUGUUGUGAACGACUCUGUGAGUAACGAUCCCUUUGUACUCCAAUAUUUGGUGGAAUAAAGUGAACAGAAUUCAUUGAUUAUAGAACUAUAGAAGUACGCGUAAAGAAUAUCAGUUUUUGACUUAGUGUCCACGGUCGCUACAUUCAGUAAAAGAUAGCAGCAUACAGAUAAAUGAAUAUUUUGUGACUAUAACGAUGAAAUCGGGAAAGAUCCCCUGCCGCUCCGCUCUGUCCGGAAAUUGGGCCACGUUUAUAAACGAACGCUAAACGACUCCCUGUGACUCGCGCUUGUCUGGAAACUGGGCAAGGACGAUUAAAUACUGUAAACGGUCACCGUUCUUCAGCGGGUAGCAGACCAACCCCUCUGCCUAAAUAUGGAAACCCAGAAUAAAGAAAAAUCACAAGAUAAAGCUGAUUCUUCCAGCUCAGCUUCAAUGCCAGAGCUCACACCACAUAAUACUGGGGCCGGAUCAAAUCCUCCCGUCUCGGCAAACUUACAAAUGGAAAUGACAUGUGACCCAGAACUUGCAGAAGAAAUUCAUCCAGAAGACAGCAUCUCUGUGGCACUCUUCGGAGAUAAAUCUAAGACAUUGACUCGCAAAAGUAUUUCUGGACGAUUUGACAUCAGUAACGCCUCAUCAGCAAAGACAACAAUUUCCAUGCUGCUACACAAGCAUCAGCAGAGAGAAGUCGAGCUUGCGGCCAGAUCUGCUGCUCUUAAGGAACAAGCUCGAAGAGCGUAAACGCGCUCUUCAGCGAGAGCUCCAACUGCAAGAAGCAGAAGAAGAAAUAAGACGCCUAAGACGGCGACAGCAAAUCCAAGAAGAGCAAGCCAAGAUUGAAAGUGAGCAGCAAGUUAUCGAAAUAAAUGCUGAGCUACAGGCAGCAAAAGCUAUCACUAAGAUGCUUAAUGACGAAGAAUUAUCCAACGUAUGUUCCCAAGGUUCCCAAAACUUUGUGGACGAAGUUGUACAUGCCAUUGAAUCUGACGCCUCGAGACGUAAUCCUGCAGUGAUAAACCAGCUGAAACCCGAAGCACCGGUUUUUUCCAUCAAACCUAUGGCCGAACCUGCCCGACCCGUGAUGGCCCCGGCACCAGACUAUGGUGAGAACUCAAAGGGGGAACCCUCUGCCACACAGCAAUCUUGUGAACCUGUGGAUCCAAUGCCAUCUAAGGAUGAGGGCAGUUUCCAUAAAGAUAAAACCCUGAUGAAAGAGCCAGUGACAAAAGAAAGUGACAAGAAAGAGUGUCAAAUUCCAGAGGUACCGAUGGCAUUGCUUCUCAGUAAAUUUGUGGACAGCCAAAGGGAAGCUGCACUUCCAUCUUCGGAAAUAGAUCCCUUUAGUGGAGCAGAUGUCCUCUCCUACAUGACAUUCAUGAAGAACUUUGGUUAUGUGGUGGAGGGCAAAACCAACGACCCAGCAAGAAGGCUCGAACUCCUCCUAAAGUAUACAAAGGGGGAAGCCCAUGAGCUUAUUAAGGAGUGUCCUAUGAUUGAAACCCCAUCACAAGCCUAUGAACGGGCAAAACAGCUACUCAAACGUGACUAUGGACAACCAUCAAUAUUGGCGGCGGCUUACAAGAAUAAAGCCGAGCAAUGGGGAAAGAUUGCAACAGGAGACAAGACAGGCUUGCGGAAAUUCUCCAUCUUUCUCAUCAACUGUUGCAACGGGAAGCAGAGCAACCGUGACAUGGCCAGCAUGGACGGCUUCGAAUUCUUGAAGCUGUUGGCCGGAAAACUGCCUGUUGCCCUCCAACAGCAGUGGAUCAGACAAGUAGGCAAAUUCAGAGAAAUUGAAGAGCGCUCGCCUACAUUGGAAGAUUUUGAGAGAUUCGUGGGACAAAUUUCCAGAAACGAAAAUGACCCACGAAUUGCUGGCCUUGGUUACCAACGCAGAAAUGAGGAAGACAAAAAACAACUCUACAAAUCAACCCGGCAUGAAAGUAGAGGAGUUACUCAGAGGAAAGCCUUUGCAGCCACAGUGAAGGAAAGAAGAGACGCGCCCAAACAUAUUUCAAAGGAAAACAAAGCAGCCAAAGCACCAUGCCUACACUGUGGGGAUGGCACAAACCACUGUGUGCUGGACUGCAGAAAGUUUGCAUCAUUGGACGCAAAGGCGAAAUCCGAAUUUUGCCACAAAAGGGGCAUGUGUUUCGGGUGCCUAAACCCGGGGCAUAUGAAAAAGACAUGCCCAAACCCAGACUGGGCCAAGUGCAGCCUGUGUUCAAGGCGGCAUGUCACUUGCAUGCAUGACCCGGAUCGACAACCAGCCACACCAAAGAAUGAACAGAAAGAACCAGAAACUGCAAAGGUGACCACAGGCUGUGUGAGUGUAGAAGCAAAGGCAUGUGGAGCGACAAACACGGAUAAGACCAACCCACUGAUGGCAAUCGUUCCAGUGACGAUCAAAGCAAAAUCCAGUACUGAGUGCAUUACCACAUAUGCAUUCAUAGAAAAUGGAUGUGGAGCUGUCUUUUCCACCAAAGAGCUAAACCGACAAUUGAAGACAAAGUCCAGAAAAACCAAGCUGAUCAUCAAAACAAUGAACUCAGAAGAACUAAUCAACACUGAAGUCAUUCUGGACGAACUGCAGCUCAGCAGCAUCGACGGUGACACCUUCAUUGAUCUCCCAGCAGUCUUCAUGAAGGACAGUAUGCCAGUUACAAUGAAAGAAGCCCCAACCCAGCGAGACUUGAACGAGUGGAGCCACCUGAAGCAAAUCAAGCUCCCAGACCAAAGAAACAUUGACAUUCCCAAAGUCAGCCUGAUGAUUGGAGUCAAUGUUCCGGCUGCGUCACUACCUUUAGAGACAGCAGCUGGCCACCUUGGCGAUCCUUACGCCAUCAGAAGCCCCCUGGGCUGGCUAGUGUAUGGACUGCCUGGAAAGUUGAGAGAUCAGCCGGAGGUCAGCGUCAACAUCAACAUGGAUUUCAACGAGCGCCUGAAUGAUGACAAGCAAGCUAUGUCUGUCGAAGAUAGACAAUUCAUCACUUUCAUGGAUGAGUCUGUCGUCAAAACCAGUGGUCACUAUCAGAUGAAGUUACCGUUCCGUGACUGUAAGGUCUGCAUGCCAGACAACCGAUCCCAGGCUGGCAUGUUUGCUGCAAGACUGAACAAGAAACUCAGUAAGGAUGACAGGUUGAAGACACAAUACACUGAUUUCAUGACAGAUCUAGAAAGAAAGGGCUUUGCAGAGAGGGUACCACUACCAGAAAUAAAGCGAGAUGAUGGCAGAGUAUGGUAUAUCCCACACCACGGCGUAUAUCAUCCAAGAAAGCCAGACAAGCUGAGGGUGGUAUUUAACUGCCCGGUAGACUACAAGGGAACAUCGCUAAACAGCCAACUACUACAAGGCCCAGACAUGACCAACCACAUGUAUGGCGUUCUUCUUCGAUGGAGACAAGAAAAUGUGGCUAUCAUGGCAGACAUCGAAGCGAUGUUUUACCAGGUGAGGGUGACACCAGGAGACUGUGAUAUGCUACGCUACUUGUGGUGGCCGGAAGGUGACCUGCAGAGGGAACCAGAGGUGUACCGAAUGUUGGUGCAUUUGUUUGGUGCAGUAUCUUCACCGAGCUGUGCCAACUAUGCCCUCAAGAAGAAAGCCACUGACAAUGAACACAAAUAUAGAAGAGAAGUAAUAGAAGCCAUACAUAAUGACUUCUAUGUAGAUGACUUCGUAAAGUCUGUGGCAACUGAAGAUGAAGGCAUAAGCCUUGCACAAGACAUGAAAAGAGCAGUAGCAGAAGGGGGCUUCAAGCUCACAAAGUGGACCAGCAACAGCAGAAAACUGCUUGCAACCAUACCCAAAGAAGAUCUAGCCAAAGAGGUGAGGAACCUUGAUCUCCAAACUGAUGAGCUACCAGUGGAACGUGCCCUGGGUGUGCAGUGGUGCAUUGAAGAUGAUCGCCUGCAAUUUAGCCAGGAAAAAGUGAAUCCGAAACCGACCCGAAGAAACAUCUUAUCAGUGAUGAGCUCCAUAUUCGACCCAUUUGGAGCUACUUCUCCCUUUGUCUUACGGGCGAAGAUGAUCCUGCAGUCGUUGUGCCGAAACAAGAUAGGGUGGGACGAUCCCAUCCCUACAAAGGAAAAACAAGAAUGGGAAAACUGGCUCAAGGACUUGCCUAACCUGAGCAGGGUGCAACUGAACCGAUGUUUCAAACCUGUGAACUUCGGAAAGGUGGCCAAUGUACAAAUGCAUCACUUCACUGAUGCAAGCCAGCAAGGUUACGGUACUGUAACCUACCUGCGCCUGACAAAUGAAAACCGUGAAACCCACUGCGAGUUUGUGUGUGCCAAAGCCAGAGUUGCACCUCUAAAGACGCACACUAUUGUCAAGAUGGAACUAACUGCAGCCACCUCUGCAGUCCGUCAAGAUGACCUCUUGAAGAGAGAGCUCACAGUGAACAUUGAUCAGACUGUAUUCUGGACAGAUAGCCAGACAGUUCUGAAAUACAUCAUGAAUGAGACCACCAGAUUCCCAGUUUUUGUAGCGAAUCGCAUCGCCGUGAUCAGAGAUGCGUCCGAUAUUAGCCAGUGGAGAUAUGUCCCCACUAAAUUGAACCCUGCUGACCAUGCUUCGCGGGGCCUCAGUGCAGAAGACCUGAUCAACAAACCGGAGUGGCUGGGAGGCCCAAACUUCCUCAGCCAACCAGAAGAAAGCUGGCCCGGUGCCGAACAAAUUCAGAUGGAAGAUGACGAGGAAAAUGACAACUGCGAAGUGGCUGAUGGUGCUUCCCAAGUGAACAUAAAUGUAGUGAUGACAUCCAACGAGACCAGUGCCAUAGACCAGCUGAUCCAUCACUACUCAGACUGGACGAAGCUAAAAAGGGCGAUAGCAUGGUGGUUACGCCUAAAGACCAUGUUGCAGCACAGGAAGACCAACUGUAACAAGAAACCCCUGCAGAAUAAGCCUCUAACAGUUGAAGAAAUGCAGUGUGCUGAAAAGGCCAUCUUGAAGUAUGUUCAAGGAUGUGCUUUUCCCAGAGAAGUUGAGGCACUCAAAAAUGUGAAAACAAGCGACCAAAAUCCAGACAACCCUUUGGCUGCUGGAAAAGAAGCUACCCCAAUAGAACACCAGAGAAAGCCGAUCAAUAAAGGAAGUCCAUUGAUUAGCUUAGACCCAGAGCUGCGUGAUGGACUCUUAACAGUUGGUGGCAGGCUUCGGCAUGCAUCAAUCCCCGAAGCUGCCAAACACCAGCUGAUUCUGCCAAAAGACCACCACAUUUCCACUCUGGUGAUCAGACACAUCCACCAGAGAAGCGGACAUCAAGGGAGAAAUCACAUCCUAGGGGAACUCAGACAAAGGUACUGGAUACUCGAAGCUGGUGUAGCAGUCAGGAGCUUGAUACACCAAUGCGUCAUAUGCCGAAAGUACCAAGCUGGACCCGGUAAACAGAGGAUGGCUGAUUUGCCAGCUUACCGUGUACGGCCCGAUGCCCCACCAUUCACAUAUACUGGAGUGGACUAUUUCGGCCCAUUCGAUAUCAAGUAUGGGCGAGUUAUCAGAAAGAGAUAUGGUGUAGUAUUCACCUGCCUUACUAGCCGUGCUAUUCACAUUGAGGUGGCCGAUUCCCUCGACACCAGCUCAUGCAUCAGUGCACUCAGACGAUUCAUGGCUAGGCGUGGCAAAGUGAAAGAAAUCCACCCAGACAAUGGAUCCAACUUUGUUGGAGCCGACAAAGAGCUCCAGCGAGCAAUGCAGGAGUGGAACCAUGGCGAAAUCAACAAUUUUGCCUUGAAGCAUGACAUCAAGUGGCAGUUCAACACACCAGCAGCCUCUCAUCAUGGACGUGUGUGGGAGAGGAAAAUCAGAACAAUACGUAAAAUUCUCCACGCCAUAUUGAGUGAGCAGUACAUGAAGACGUGCCAGAGUGAGGAACAGUUGCGCAACUUCAUGUGUGAGGUCGAGGCUGUAAUUAACAGCCGACCCCUGACACGAGCACCGGAUGACCCUCAUGACCUGAGUGUCAUCACGCCGAACAGUCUGAUACUUCUGAAACCUGAUUCAACACUGCCACCUGGAGUUUUCUCCCAGGAGGACCAGUACUCACGAAGGAGAUGGCGUCAGAUGCAGUACAUGGCGGAUGUCUUCUGGAAGAGGUGGACUAGAGAGUACCUACCUACCCUGCAGCAACGCCAGAAAUGGUCCCAACCUAGCAGAAACAUAGAGAAGGGUGAUGUUGUGCUCAUCGUUGAUAACAGCGCCCCGAGAAACUCCUGGCCAAUGGGACUUGUUCAGGAGGUAUUCAUGGACAAACGAGGACACGUACGCAGCGUUAAAGUGAUGACCAAGACUUCAGUUUUGGUCAGGCCUAUUACCAAGCUGUGUCUGCUUCUAGAGCAGGACGUCGAGUAAUCAUCAAUACUUGAACUCUUAGGGAAGGUAUGCAGAUGUCCGUCAAGUGGACAUCUCAGGGGAAGAGACUCCCCUGCCUUACAUAGUCUCAGGUCACCCUUGGGCAAGGUGUAGUAUCUGUUUGCCUCCCGAACCAGGGUUACGAUCUGAUGAAUCCUCAUCUGUCAACUUUACCGGAAUAGUGAAAACUACAGUGACAAUACCUUGCUUACCAGGAGAACCGGAACCAGCUGUACAUGCGUCGAAACAUGGACUGUGAUUUGGUGACUUCAU